ACGGAGACGCCUAGAACGCACAUCAGUCCGCGCCUCCCGAGGAAAAGGAAUGGAAGCGGGGACGUGAGUGUGUCACCGGGCAAGCAAGCAAACUAGCGGACGGAAAGACAGAGCGAGAGAACGAGCGAAUAAAGUAGAGCCGAAUCAAGCGGUCGGUCGGUCGGCGUCAGCGGUGAUAGGGAGCGUACAAGACCCUGAAGACCGGCUGAUUUCACUCGAUUUCGCCGAUUUCACUGGCUGGAUUGAGGGAUUUGCGUCGACCUCUCCUUUUACCUAAAUCAUUGUUGGCAUAUUCCCAGGAAACCGUAUCAAAAAGACCCAGGAUAAUUGACGAGUCGUAUAUAAGAACAAUUUUCAGACUGCAGACAGUGCGCUUGGUGGGCUAGCAGGACUCAACCAAAGAUGGAGCAGCUCUCAGACGAUGAACUGGACCAUGCCGCAGAGGAGGACAGUGAUAAGGAAGACCAGGACUUGGACAAGAUGUUUGGAGCCUGGCUUGGGGAACUGGACAAACUCACACAGAGUCUGGAUGAUGGCAAGCCAUCACAAGAACGCGUGCAGAAAGCUCCACUCAGACAGGAGACCAACAUGGCCAACUUCUCCUACCGAUUCUCCAUAUACAACAUCAACGAGGCCCUUAACCAGGGCGAUGGAGUGGACCUGGACGCUCUCAUGGCUGACCUGUGCUCCAUAGAGCAGGAGCUCAGCACCAUCGGCAAACCCUCCUCAUCCUCCUCCUCCUCCCGCCUCACAGUCCCUGGCGACGGCAAGGUCCGGCAGAAGCCCCCCGCCGGCCGCAGUCAGAGCGUGAAGGGCGGAGGCAGCGGCGGAGGGGGCAGUCUGAGCGCGAGCAGUAGCACGCGUGUGUCGCCCGCCUCCACUGUCCGUGUGGCCGGUCCGCACCCUCGCACGCCGCUGAGCUCCAACUUCUCUCUGGACGACAUCACGGCCCAGCUGGAGCGGGCGUCGCUCAGCAUGGACGAGGCGGCGCGUCAAUCGUCCAGCCUGCCGCCCGUCGCCAUGGCGCCCACCGCGUCCGCUUCGUCCACCUCGCUGGGCUCCGCCACGCUACAGAGGCCUUCCCAGCAUGCUCGGCAGCACCGCCGCACGGGCUCGGUGGGCGCAGUCAGUGAUCAGGAAGUGAGGUCGUUCACGCUGGGCCGGUCUGCGUCGCGCUCUAGCGCGGGCUCGGCCGCGGCGUCGGCUACCAGCAUGGAGGCGCUGGACGUGAGUGGACCGUCAUCUCCCUCACCACUGCCGUUGCCCCUGGAGAUGGAACAGCAGCUGAAGCUCAUACCGGUCCAGAGGGAGGGACAAGGCGGCAGCCAGCCUACAACAGAGGAGGAGCAGGCUGCCAAACUGAAAGCAGAGAAGAUAAGAGUUGCCUUGGAGAAGAUCAAGGAAGCCCAGGUCAAAAAGCUGGUGAUCCGGGUGCACCUGUCGGACGAGAGCUCCAAGACCAUGAUGGUGGACGAGCGCCAGACGGCGCGUCAGGUGCUGGACAGCCUGCUGGACAAGUCCCACUGUGGGUACAGCCCUGACUGGUCCCUGGUGGAGACCAUCAACGAACUACAGAUGGAGCGCAUCUUUGAGGACCAUGAGAACCUUGUGGAAAAUCUGCUGAACUGGACACGGGACAGCCAGAACAAACUCAUGUUCAUCGAGCGCAUCGAGAAAUAUGCCCUCUUCAAGAACCCCCAGAACUACUUGUUGGGGCGUAAGGAGACGUGUGAGAUGGCUGACAGGAACAAAGAGGCUCUCCUUGAGGAGUGUUUCGGGGGCAGCUCCAUCUCUGUGCCUGAGAUCGAGGGUGUGCUGUGGCUGAAGGAGGACGGCAAGAAGUCGUGGAAGAAGAGAUACUUCCUGCUCCGAGCCUCCGGGAUCUACUAUGUGCCAAAAGGGAAAGCCAAGACGUCGAGAGACCUGGUGUGCUUCCUGCAGCUGGAGCAUGUGAACGUGUACUAUGGUCUGGACUACCACAGCAAGUACAAGGCCCCUACUGAUUACUGCCUGGUGCUUAAGCAUCCUCAGAUUCAGAAGAAGUCUCAGUACAUCAAGUAUCUGUGCUGUGAUGACGUCAGGACCCUGCACCAAUGGGUGAAUGGGAUUCGCAUCGCCAAGUAUGGGAAGCAGCUGUAUGUGAACUACCAGGAGGCCAUGAAGAGGACUGAGGCGGCGUAUGACUGGUCCUCCCUGUCCAGCUCCAGUAUCAAGUCCGGCUCCAGCUCCUCCAGCCUGCCAGAGUCACAGUCCAACCACUCGAGCCAGUCGGACAGCGGCGUGUCGGAGGGCACCUCGUCUGGUCAUGUACGUUCUCAGAGUGCCGUCAGCUCCAUCUUCUCUGAGGCCUGGAAAAGAGGCAACCAGAUAGAGGAGACCACCAAGGUGAGGGUGGAGCCGGCCCGGGCCUCCUACCCCCUCCAGUUGCCCCCGCUGUCCCACCACCACCACACUCUGCCCCACUCGCACACCCGUAGCAGCUACAGCGGCAGCGGCACAGUGGAGUCGCCCCAGUCCUCCCCGUCGCCCCCCUCCCCUCCCCCUCCCCCGCCUCCACCCCCCGCGCUGGCCAGCCAGGCCUACCACUCGCCCCCCACCACCUUCACCAAGUACAGCACCCUGGCCCGGCUACAGAGCUCCGCAGGCUCCCAGGCCGAACGCCAGUACAAGCAGCAGCAGCUGGCCAGCAUGCAACAGCAGCAGCAACAGAUACCCAUGAUGCAACAGCAGAUGAUGCCUCCUGCACCCCCACCACAGACCAUCAAGCCCCAGAUGGUCAGCACGGCCCAGCAGCAGCCACCUCCUCCCCCUCCACCCCCCCCACCCCCCAUGCCCGCCCCUGGGUCCGCCAUGGCGGUGCUGAAGAUGGGGCCGCCCAGUCCGGGGGUGCAGGGAGUACCCGAGUUCGUGCCCCCUCCGCCGCAGGGCCAUCCCCACGUGCUGCCCCCUCGUCCCCAGAUGCACCUGCAGGCCAACGGCACCAUGCCGCCGCCCCCCGAGCAGGCUGCCAAGUAUCCCGCGCUGACCACCAACGGCCUGCAGCAGUUCCUGGCGCAGAAGUUCCCCAACAUGACCUACGACUUCUCCCCGCCCGUGGACGAGCUGGACUCCCCUCCACCACCCCCUCCUCCCCCGGCCGUGUCCCCCCCACCGGCCGCAGGUCCGCCUCUGGCCCCUCCCAAAACCUUCGCCGGGGGGUUCCCCUCGCAGGCGUCCCUGCGACCGGCCGGCUCGCUGGUGUCCCCCGUGUCGCCCACGGCGAUGAUGAAGAGGCAACAGAGCCUGUCCGCAGCGCACAGCCCCAACCAGCCGCCCCCGACCCUGCCCAAGCAGCACAGCUUCCCCGCCAAGGCACCCCCGCUGACCGCUCCCGCCGGGCCCCUGUCUCCGACCCCACUGGGUUCCUCGCUGGUCAAGCAGAUGGUCAACCAGUUCCCCGGUGCCGUUCCGCAGUAUGGCAGCCCACUCUCCCCACCUGUGGUCAAGACCAAGCCCAAGUGGCAGCCUGGGCAGCCGGCACAGCCGCAGUCGCCCGAGUUUCCCCCACCACCCCCAGAGAGCACCCUGGACUUCCCCCUGCCCCCGCCGCAUGCGCUUGACCCCACGCCCAUUCCUCCUCCGAUCCCCUCGGGCAAGUCAGCGACUGGUGGCGGCUCGCCCAUUAAGAAGUCGCCGUCCACCUCCUCCAACUCCUCCACGGGGUCAACAGGGAGCAAGCGGCCUCCGCCAACGCCCCAGAGGAACUCUAGCAUCCGCUCCAACUCCUCCGUGGAGUACCAGGAGUCCAAGAAGGUGGAGGAUCUGGUCAGCAUCUUCGCCCAGCCCAGCCCGGCGGCCCCGGCGUCCUCCUCAAGCUCCCUGUCCACCCCGACGUCCGCCUCGGGGUCCCCCUCCAAGGAGCCACGCGCGCCGCCCAAGCCCGGCAAGAUCAACCUGGCCAACCUGCCUCUGGCGCUGGCGCUGCAGGGGAAGGGUCCGGGUCAGUACCGGCAGUCCGGUUCGGAAUUCCCGCCGCCUCCGGAGUACGACUAUUUCCCACCACCGCCGCCGGACUCUGAGCUGCUGCCGCCUCCGCCGCUCCCUGUGGAGAUGCACGCGGGCGCCCCCAGGGUUGCCGUGGUGAACCCCCAGCCCCAGAUGCACCACCCGCCACAGCACCAUCACCACCACCAUCCCAACACGGCCAACACCACCACCUCCUGGAAAUCCCAGUCCCUCAAGAAGACUCCACCUCCCACAAUGCAUCGGCGCAGCAGCGGGCCCCCCGAGCCGCUGGCGCUCUCGCCACCCCCCCAGCCAAUGCCCCUGCAGCCCUUUGCCCCGGUCCCCGCUGCUGCACCCGCGCCCUCCUCCCAGGUCCCCCCCACCUCCCCGAAGGCCGUGCCACUCACCAACUUCCAGCCCAACUUCCUGGAGGACCUGAACCGGACCCUGAAAAGGAAGUCCAUCACGCGGCAGAGCUCGCUCACUUCCUCCCGCAUCUCGUCCAAGCUGGAGCCGGUGGCCACCAUGGACGACAUGGCCCUGCCGCCCCCGCCCCCAGAACUCAUGCUGGAUCACCCCCGCAAGGGGGGCGGAGGUGGUGGAGGCUACAUGUCUGGCAACAUCUCAGGCUAUGCAACGUUACGCAAGGGGCCUAAACCCCCACCCCCGAAACGGGACCAGAACACCAAACUCACGGGGGAAUGGUAGGACUGGUGCUCUUAAAGGGGUUGGGGGGGGGGUUGUGUGGGCAAACAGAUGUUGGGGUGUCGGACAAUCCUGUUGGACUUAAAUCGUAAAUCGCCCACCCACCCCCCCUCACCACUCCACAGUGCAACUGUUUGUCUCUGUAAAUGACUGUAUGAAAAAAAACAAAAAAACAAAAACAAAACAAACUCCUCAUAAUCCUCAGAUUAUAACAACAUUACAGUUCAUAAGAAAAAAAUGCAGAAUGGAAGGAAGGAAAAAAGAAAAAAAAGAAAAUCUAAACCCAGCCGAUCCCAGCAACUGUAUAAGCUUCUGCGCAAGUGUUAGUGCUGCUUCGCAUUCAAAGAUAGGCAGUUAUACGAGUCAUGAUCUUAAAGGAUAAAAAAACCCUCUGCAAUAUUAUGGUACUGCAUGGACUUCUGCUUUGGGGAAGGGAAUGGGGUGUGUGUGUGUGUGUGUGUGUGUGUGUGUGUGUGUGUAAAAAGAUGUCAUUUGAACUUGUCGGGGAGGGGAAAUGUGUACUGACUUUGACUUUUUUAUAUGAAAUUAUUUAAUACCUGAAAUAUAUUCUUAUUUUAAGAUUUAGUUUUCAAAACCCUCGAUGUUAAGCGUUAAAACGUAUACAGAGAUGAGGGUUGAUGAAGAAGUGUGCGUGCGUGCGUGCGUGUGUGCGUGUGUGUUGUGUGUGUGAGGUGGAGAGUUUGUGAUCAUCGUCCAUGCUCGCUGUCUCCCUGCCUGUCUAAGCCCUUUCAUUUCAUGAACAAUUCCACCACUGUCUCUCUACAAAGUGUUCUGCCAUGUUUGCGUAUUGCACCUGAAACAACUACAACGAGGCUCAAAACAUUUCAGAGGUUUUCACUGUUCAACUGGAGACAAGAGAGAGACGAUGAGAGUGGGAUGGUGUUCAAACUCUUGUGUAACAUUUUGUUAAAUUACGUUGUUCAUUUUUAUUUGGUUAUUUAAAUUAAAGAUUGAAAAAGAAAAUGAAAUGAAAUGAAAAGGUCAUGAAGGACUGAAACUGGGUAAGCGGGGGGGGGGGGGGGGGGGGGUUCCGCAAAAGGAACCACCAGACCGGAACUCCUGCCGCCUAUGGGCGAAGGAUGUCGUCAGGGAUACGCUUGUCUGCGUUUCCACGGAGAUUGCCUCUGUCUCUCUUUAUGUUGGCUACAUCACUACUUCUCUGUACAUACAGCCGCUGUUCCUGGCUUCGAUGGCUUUCUCCUGGCAGCUCCUAGAUCGAGAUCUUGAAAUGUGCUCAGGGCCUGAGGUGGUCCACGGUAGCGUACUACACGCUCAUGGCUGGGUAGGCUUAGUAAAAAAAAUAACAGAAAGAAGGGAAAAGAGAAACGACUCCUUUCUCCGACUCUGGACAUCACCUCUAGUGAUGUGUCUGUGUGUUGUUUUCCGUUUUCUGUGACAUUUUUAUUCUUAUCGUUUUAAAACUGUCUGAACAAGAACGUGAUCUGCACUUAAGGGCAAAUGAAAAGAAAGUUGCACACAUUUUUAGACAUCAUCGUCAUCAUCGGGCCUUGUAUCGAUCCACUAUGUGCCUCAUAUAUAGUGAUCACUGUCUAUUCAUGUCAUCAGUGUCCACAGUCCAACUGGAGUCACAGGCAGGCAGGAACGUUGAUUUAGUUUCAAAGACAUGCGAUGAUUUUGCAUCAAAGCUUUGCUUUCCCUGAUUCAGAUUUGGAGGGUUGCCGAGACAUCCCAUCUAGGACGCCACAGAGGCCAUGGAAAGCCAGGAACGCUUUAUGACUCCAAUACACCGGGAUCUACUUGUCUGUUGCAUUUAAAUUGAACAAUAUAAAUGUUAAAAUCAUG